UCGUCGUCACCCUAAUGAGCGACGAUAGCAAUGAUGAUGCGGAUCCCAUCAUCCCAGAACUUCACACGACCCCGAAAACCACCUCGAGACAGCCUCCAUCUAUAUCACCAGAAGCGGCUCAUUUCCUCAACGACUUGAGCAACUAUGUGCCUGUUGGGUCACUUGUCCUGAGACGAGUGAUUGAUGCGGAGCCUACUUGGCAGGAAGCCACUCACUUCGCCACUCUGACCGAAUCAGGUCUCUCCGAGCAGAGUGCGCAUGACAUCGAGAAACUCCUCGCUCGUCGGCGCCUUCGCUUGUUUGUAAGCAUUCCGUCGAAGGCUGUAAUAAGAGUCUAUGUUCUGCCCAGUGAUGUUGGGCAUCGCUUCAUUCAGCAAGACCGUGGACUGGACACACAUCUGUUUUCGCUGAUUCAAAACNUUGACAUCUCCCACAGUGCCUGGAAUGGUCAACCAGACGUGCAAGAAUCCUUUGACAUGUACGCAUCUGGAGAAGAAGGGUCUCUGUAUUAUUUGUUCAACAACAUUCCAUCUCCGAACCCAACAUCGGAGGUAGUCACCAGUCACUUCCAUCGGGAGACUCUGCUGGAUCUCCUUGAUCCCGAGUUUCAACUUCCUGGGCUGAAGACCAUCUUAUAUCCGUAUCAACGACGAUCCGCGGCCCAGAUGCUGCAANAAGAGUGUGAGGACAAGCUCGAGCUUGAUCCUCGACUUGAAANNAAGCAUAUCGCUCUUGAUGGUUCAACUUAUUAUUACGAACCUUGGGAUGUCUCAUUUUUCCGAAGUCCCCGCUUCUACGAAUCGUGUAAAGGGGGCAUACUCGCUGAAACGAUGGGCUUAGGCAAGACUCUGAUUUGCAUCACACUGAUUCUCGCGACUCGUGGCUAUCUUCCGUGUACGCCUGGGCAAUAUGACCGAGUAACCGUCAGAUCAAAAGUUGGUAGUCUCCUUGAUAUGGCUAUAUCAGCCGUUAAUCGGCAUUCUGCUCCGUGGCCCUCAUUCUUCGAGAGGCACGAAGAGUUCACUAGCGAACACAUGGGACACUGUAUUGAUCUCAUGCGGCAGAACGCGCCCUCUUACGAGAUACCUGUCGAGCCAAUUCGCUGGAACCGCAAGACUACAGUACCUGUACCAAAGCAGGUAACAUUAGCGGCAACUACCCUCGUCGUUGUACCAAGAAACUUGUUGUCUCAGUGGAAAUCCGAGCUGGAGAAGCAUACGACAGGGGUUCUAAAUACGCUAGUCAUGGAUGACAAUCGCGUGGCUCUGCCUCCGCCAGAAACACUAGCGACGUUUGAUCUCAUUCUUUUCAGCCGAAAUCGGUUCGAAUAUGAAGACAGAGAUGGCACUGACGCCAAUGGUCGCCGAAUGUCACGAUACCCACCAUCAUGUACUUGUCCCUACAUUGGAGCUACUCGGACGCGAGAUUGUGUCUGUAUACGGCCUGAUACGUGCUUGCUAACAUAUACCAACAGGNACCUGUAUGUAUCACCACUCAAAGCCUUACACUUUCUGAGAAUCAUCAUCGAUGAAGGCCAUGGCAUGGCAGCCGAGAACACCAGAGUUGCAAAUGUAGCGAGCAAGCUGGUCGAAGCUUCUCACAGAUGGAUUGUCAGCGGCACACCAGCAAAGGAUCUCAUCGGUGUAGAGAUGGAUUUGGUUGGACCUAUAUCACAUCCUGGAACUCCAGCGCCUCUCACUCCUGAUGGUGCAGAUCCAAACUCCGGCUCCGCAGCAGAAACUCUUCGACGCGACACGCUACUCAGCCAGAGAAAAGCAUACAGCGCGAAAGAUGAGAAAAUGGGAGCGGUCCGCAGCAUUGGCUCACUAGCAUCCAAUUUCCUCCGGAUCAGGCCGUGGUGUUCUGCCGAAGAUGAGAGAGGGUCUGACUGGCUCAACUACUUCUUUCGUCACGAGAUGUUUCGACCACGUACUCGAACUUUCUCCUGUUUCUCAAGGUGCUUACGCCAGACGAUAGAGUCAAUUGUCAUCCGAACGCAGUCUGGAGAUGUCGAACGGGACAUUGAGCUGCCUCCGUUAACGCACGAGAUCGUUCGACUAGAACCGUCUUUCUACGACAAGCUGACGGUGAACGCCUUUGUAUUCGUGUUGACAGCCAAUGCUGUCACCAGCGAGAAGACCGACAUUGACUAUAUCUUCCAUAAGAACAGCGGUAAAGAGCGGACUCAGCUGUUGAACAACUUGCGAGCGAGUGCAUUCUAUUGGACUGGUUUCAGCACGUCUGAUAUGGAAGCUGCUAUAGAGCAAAGUGAAAACUAUAUCAAGAAGCCGACCAAAUCAUGCUCAAAAGAAGAUGAGCGAUUACUCAGAUGUUGUGUUGGCCAAGCCAGAGUCAUGCUUGGUUCUGAGGGCUGGAAGAAGCUUACAAAAAGUCACGAGGUUGGCCUAUUCGUAGAAGACUGGCCUACUGAGUCUGCAGCGUUCUGGUCUUUCGACAGAGCAGUCGCGCAAUUGCUGUGUGGCGCAACCCAAUUGAUUCAAGCCCAGGACCAUGUGAAUGGUCAGACCGGGCUUCCUGAUCCCGCCGAAGGCCUUGCUGGUAUUGGAAUCAAGGCGUUGUCCGUUCUCCACUCGCAGGCGGCAGAAGAUAAAACAUCAUCUGUGCUUGUCAAGGCAGGCAUACCCUCGUCUUCACUUGCAACCAGUCAAACAGGGGGCAAGCGAUCUACUGGCGCAAAGACAUCAAACUUGCAACAACCCAAAUCUGGAUCUCCGAAACGUAGCAAGGAUCCCACUGUGCAUGCCGAAUCACAAAGUGAAGUUCAAGAUGCACGACUGCCAGCCGGCUCAGCGCUCCACAGGACCAGAAUCGUCGGCACAACUUCCGUCAAACUCAGCUACCUUCUUUCCCGUAUUGGGGAGUUCCACCGUGACGAGAAGAUACUUGUUUUCUACGACAACGACAAUACCGCCUACUACAUUGCUCAAGCACUCGAAGUCCUUCAUAUUGACUACCUCAUCUACGCAAAAUCUCUGACGCCAGCCACCAAGUCAGAUUAUAUCGUUAGGUUCAAUCAGAGAGCGGAGCAUCGUGUCCUCUUGAUGGACAUUGGCCAGGCUGCUUUCGGUCUGAACUUUCCCUCAGCCUCAAGGGUCUUCUUCAUCAAUCCAGUAAACAGACCUCAAAUCGAGGCACAAGCUCUUAAACGAGCUCAUCGAAUUGGGCAGACUCGAGAAGUUCACGCAGAAACUUUGAUUCUGAAAGGAACGAUUGAAGAAAAGAUAUUUGAGCGAGCAAGAGCCAUGAGCCGAACAGAACACAAAAACGCAAAGGAGCUUGACGAUGAUGGCGGCAUCCGAGAGAUCAUACAGAGCGCGCAACCAAUACCAGUGACCAACCAUGAGGCAACCGGUGUAGGGCGCAUUGCGUUCAUUCAAAAGCCCCAGCAGCUGUUCGCAAGACCAGGUUGGGCAAUGUGGAAGAAAGCUGCAAGAGAAAACUCCAAGAAGAGCGCCGAGCCGACGACUCGAAAGAGAAGGGCAGAAGGUGCCAAUGGGAAGAGUCCAAGCAGCAGAAAGCGAGCGAAGAAGCAGAAG